CCAAAGAGGAUCUUCUCUGGUACUAACCUUCCACGCCUGUCACCGUUUUAAUUUCAUCCAAAAUAUUGGUGAAAGAAGACGCAAAAAUGCACGACGCUUACGAAGCAACCCCCAUUCUCAAGCUGACGGUGCAGAUUGAGUCUAUGGCAGCCUAUGACGACAAUUUAUUAAUUGGAACUAGAGAAGGUCAUUUAUUGAUUUACAAUGUUCCACCUAAAUCCAACGAGUAUGGAAAAUUAGAGCUGCUGAGGUACAGCAAGAAUUUUAGUAAAAAAAAAAUAGUGCAGGUGGAUGUGGUGCCUGAAUUCAAUUUACUCAUUUUAUUGACAGACGACAUCAUCUGCGUACAUGACCUGAACUCAAUAAACAUCCAGCAAAUAAACCAACUCCCAAAAACAAAAGGAGCCACGCUCUUCGCACUGGAUAUUCAAGAAGCCGAAAGUCUAACUGGUGAAAAGAACGCAGUAGUUCGUCUAUGUGUCGCUGUAAAACGUAAGCUCCAGCUCUACUACUGGAAAGGACGUGAGAACCAGUUCAAGGAUCUGGGAGCAGAGUCACGAAAUGAGCUCUCCCUCCCAGACGUCCCCAAGGAGCUUGCCUGGUGCGGAGAGACCCUGAUCGUUGGUUUUCACGGUAUCUCCUACACCCUAAUCUCCCUGGAAGGCAAAACGAAGGAGCUCUUUCCAACAGGCAAACCCCCAAAGCCCAGUAUCACAAAGCUCUCCGACUCGUCCUUUGCCCUGGGGAAAGACUCUCAAUCGAUCAUAAUGGACACCUUUGGUGAGUUGAUUCAGCACAAUCCAGUGAAGUGGACUGACUCACCAAGUGCUACCGCCUGGGACGAUCCCUAUCUUCUGGGAAUUGUUCAUGAUACCUUGGAAGUGUACACUCUGGAGGGUUCCCUGCACAUUCAAACACUGCAGGACCUUAACAAGUCACGUCUCCUCUGCAGAUGCAAACAGGGAAAGGUCUACGUGGCCUCUAUUAGUCAGGUCUGGUGUGUAAGUUCAGUUGACGUUGAACUGCAGAUUCGCAAACUCCUGGAGCAGAAUCAAUUCCAGCUGGCGUUGAAGCUCACGAAUUUGUCGGAAGCUACAGAAGACGAGAAAUUGAAGCGAACAUAUAAGAUACAGACUCUGUAUGCCCACCACCUGUUCUGCAAUAAAAAAUUCCAGGAAGCGAUGAAGCAAUUUCACGAGCUGGGGACAGACCCCUACGAGGUGAUUCGUCUCUUCCCUUAUCUUGUCUCGGACUCUAGUGGUAAUGAGGUUGAACCGAUGACAGGCCUGCCAAAACUACAGGAUCGCGAUCUUGAGAAUGGAUUGCUAGCCUUGAUCGGUUUCCUGACGGAAGUCAGGCACAAUCUCAUGGGAGGAACGGAUGGCAAGGAAGGGAAGAAGGAGAGGGAGAAGAAGACUAUGACUGCAGCGGCUACUGAGCAAUUGCUUAAGAUCAUUGAUACGACACUCCUCAAGUGUUAUCUGCAGACCAACGACGCACUAGUGGCGCCGUUAUUGCGGCUGAAUCAUUGCCAUCUGGCUGAGGCGGAGAAGACUCUGCUGCAGUACCAGAAGUACCCGGAGUUGAUUAUUCUUUAUCAGACCAAGGGACAGCACAAGAAGGCUCUUGAAUUGUUGGAGAAACAGAGCAAACAGAGUGACUCUAGCUUGAAGGGAACUGAGAGGACUAUUCAGUACCUUCAGCAUCUGGGGAAGGAGCAUGUGGAGCUCAUUCUCAAGUUCUCCGGGUGGGUGUUGGAGCAGGAUCCUGAACAGGGGCUCAGAAUAUUCAUGGAAGAUGUGCAGGAGGUUGAGCAGCUGCCGAGGCCGAAGGUCCUGGAUUAUCUCCUGAGGCAGCACAAAGGGCUCGUUAUCACCUAUUUAGAAUACGUGGUGAGGGUCUGGGAGGACGAGAACUCUCUCUUCCAUAAUAUUCUGGUGCAUCAGUACAAGGAAAAGUGCCUGGCGGGCAUGAGUCCCUCGGCGACAGCUGCCGAGAGACAAAAUGCUGAACAUGUCAGACAGAAACUGCAGCAGUUUCUUGAGAAGUCCAUGCAUUACACACCGGAGAUAGUUCUAGCCCAGUUUCCCACAGACUGUUUAUUCGAGGAGAGGGCAAUCAUCCUGGGGCGACUCGGAAGCCAUCAGCAGGCGAUCUCUAUUUAUGUUAAUUUGUUGAAUGAUGUGCCCAGGGCUAUUAAGUAUUGUCAGAAUGUUUAUGGGGGCUAUGACGGUCAGAAGAACGGGGAUAGAGGAAAAUCGACUGAUGGGGCUGAUGAGGUCUAUGUGACCCUAAUUCAACAGCUGCUUAAGCCAGAACCUGUCUUUAUGGCUGGGAAUUCAGAGCUCCAGAAAACUGCUCAACCUGAUUUAGAGACAGCGUUGGAACUUUUGGAGCAGUACGCCCCGAAGAUCUCCCCAAUUAAAGCUCUGGAGGUUCUUCCCGAUACAGUGCCGAUCGGGAGAAUCAGGCACUUUUUGGAAGCGUCCUUGCAGAAUCAACUGAAUGAGAGGAGAAGGACACAAGUUCUAAAGGGACUGCUCCAUGCUGAGCAUCUGCAGGUCCAAGAGCAGAGGAUGCAUUACGAGUCUCAAAGUGUCUUGAUGACUGAGUUCAAUAUUUGUCCAGUUUGUAAGAAGAAAUUCGGGAAUCAGAGCGCAUUCGCAAGAUAUGCCACCGGCGAGACAGUCCACUACUCCUGUCAAGAACGGAAAUCUUGAAGUAAAACCUAAUAAUCGGUUUUUCAUAAAGAAAAUAUUUAUAACUGCGAUGUAAUAUUCGCCACUAGUCGAUAAUUUUCAAAGUUUUGUAAAUAAAAAUUAUUUAAAAAUUAGGAAAAAAAUUUAAUCCAUAUAUCUGCCAUAAUUUCCAUUUGCCCAUCGCCAGAUGUCGUACAUUGCUAACAAAAACAUUCAGUAGUAAUUCUCAUCAUUAUUGUCCUCAUUUAUCUCCUCUGUGUUGAUUGCUUUUUUUUCUAGGUCAAUCAAUUAUCAAAAAAUUUGCAAUGAAAAAUGUUGCUAUCCCAGGGGAUUCGCGAACUAUCCCGAUGACGAGAUUUUCCAUUAACUCUUGGCAAGAGCGUAAAUGCCGAAGUGGAACUUAAAAUUAGUUCCUAAAAAAAAUUAAUAACUGU